GUCCUUCUCUGUGCAUGGUGCAAAAUGAUUACAGACCUGUAUACACAGACACUAAUGGCAUUCUUCUCUUAAAACAGGUAACUGUUUCGUUUCCCAGCUUUGCCCUGAAAUUACCACAGCCAAGAAAAUCACAGCAAUAAAGUAUGACCUCUCUUACCGGGGAACAAACACAGCGUGGAAAUCACAUCAUUUUACAGGAAUCAGACACGUAAAACGAUUAGUUUUCUGAGUUAUGCGGAGGUGAUGCAGGAUUGGGAAGCUUUACUAUGUGCUGUGUUUACAAGGGAUUUACCACUCAUCGAGCACAAGAAGAGGAGAGCAUUGUGGCUAAACUGGGAGAACAUAUCGCUCUGAAUAACAGCAUGGAAUGGAGAUAGUCCUACUGAAUCUUGCCCUGGAUGCUUCUUUCAUUAGCUGUUAUAAUUGUCUAUAAACAAUCGUGAAAAGUAAAGGACACAAGCCAUUGUAAGAGAAUUAACGUGUACGGGUGGAGUAACGUGAGCACUGAUAAAAUUACACUUGGGUGUAUCUGUCAUUAGCUCAGAUAGCAAUAUCUGUGCCACGCCUGGUGGCUGGCUUCCUGCUGUCUGUGUACCAUGUCCUGGAUGGAGAUUAUUACACUAAGGCCUGCAUUACUCUGAUGCAUGUUUGGGAUAAGUACUACGGAGGACACGUGACCGAGACCUCGCUAGUCUUUUGAUUCCUGGGGAUGCAGAGAAGCUGAUCAUUUGGAGACCCAGGUAAGGGUAGGUCAGAGCCUUAACAAUUUAAUAAACAUAGCUUUAGAAAGCUGCCACCUCAUUGCCAGUUUGGGCAAAGAUCAGUGCAGGCAAAGUGUAAAGCCAAGGUCAGAGAUGCCAUGUGGUUGGGAGUAUUGCUGCCUCCUGUAUAAAGUGGUGACCAUUAUUCUGCUCUUUCUGUAUUUAUCAGACCAUAAUAUCUGGCUUUGUUGUGUGUUAUAUCAUGACCGUGUGUCUACCUCCAAACUAUGCAAAUUGAUUAGAAUUGAUGGGUAUAGGGACACCUGCUUGAAAUUCAAUUAACAACCAAACGCUGCCUACUCCUACUGUUGCUCUCAGAGAAUAAAUAGUAACAGUGCGUGACCUCUCCCUGAGUGCUUACUGUGACAUAGAGCUCAGCAAAGGACCAGCUCCUGCUGUUAUCUGCUAAUGAUUGGUUUUAUAAAAUAAUGACCCCGUGUCAGAUUCCAGGACUGGCCACAGCGCAGCCUUCCUGGCGCUUACCCAGCAUCCUUUGUGUACAUGUCUUUAUAUUUACUGUGUCCCUAAUAAGAGUGUGCCUGUUGCUGUUAUACUCGUGCUUAUUGUAUUAAUCUCGUUUAACUUGACCAACGGAAUUAACAUGUAGCUUUCGGUGGCUGAACCCAGAGCUCUGGCUACCCUACUUUUGUAUCAAGAAAUAUGUUCCUACCUCUGUUCGCGAUCUACUUGCAAUGUAUUCAGCGUCAAGUGUCAUCCAGUGAUUCCUAGUGAUAUCAGAUUCUUUAUAGGAUUUCUAAUACACGUUUAAUUAGCUAGUAUAUCCAUGUGCUGCUGUAAGCACCGUGGAAUGGCUUUAAAUACCCAGCUGCUCUGUUCUGUUCGUGUCAGUAAAGGAUAAAUAAGUAAUAUCUGUCUGCAAACUGCAUAAACAGGCCUCAGAUCUGCACACGCUAAGGGCCCCAAGCCUGGCAGAACGAAAGUUCAAGUGCUAAUCUGCUGCCUUGGGUAACCAGCUAGCUCUGCCAAAUCAAAUCACCUCUUAUUUUUAGAGUUCCUCUUAUAGGGAACUGCCUGGUUGGACAACAGCAAGAGAAUAAGGUGUCCUCAGUGGCUGUGUGGUAUGACAUGCCAAUUGUGAGAGGUGUUAUCCUAUGUUAACAUGUAGUUUGUGGAAAAUGAUCUCUCUGGAGGUCCUGGGCCCCAGAUUCUGAUAUGUUGUGUUUUAAAAUGGAAAGAUUUGAUCUUGUAGCACGGCAUUGUGUACAGUCUCCUGGAAAUCAUUGGCCCUUAGGACUUUGAUCUGCAAAUAAAAGGUAAAUGGGAGCAGAAUUUCAGGCACUCUGCAAUCAGCCGUUUUACUGUAUGAGAACUAUUAAAGCAUUGUGCAAGAAGUAAAACAAUGAAAACGGGUAUAAUGUAGCCGCAUGCAGCAAUGGAGGUGGCUGGCACAGCUCUCACGUAUUGUAAGUAGAGAUGUCAGUAGUGAAGAUUUGGGGGGUAAGGUUUUUUAAAUAAACAUAUUUAAAAAUUGGCCAUGUGAACCAGUAUGGCCACCAGACGUUUUGGGCAUCAUGAAAAUGGCAGCGCACACUGUAGAUUUUGAUCACCGCUCUUUAGUUAUGCUUUUGAGGCUGGUUGAAUAAUGUAAACAUUUAUAAGAUUUUCAAAAUAGCUGCAAAAUCACGACUGUCCACUGUAAAAGUGGCCAAGCAUAAGAUCCUGGAUACAGCACAUGCAAUGAUAUGGACUGUAGAUUGUAAAUGUUAGCUGAUCUUUGUGACAUUUAACCUCCAUAUUACUUUUGGUAUUUUUGCUGUAGGUUUUAUGGUGCCUGGAGUGACCUGGUGCAUCCUCCCCUUCUAUGUAAAUAGUCAAACCAUUUGCUAAUAGUUUGACAAUUUGCCUGGGUACACUGGGUGCUAGUGACAACGAUCAGACUACGAUCACCAUGGAGCUUCCGGUAGCUCUCCUGAGCUAAACUUUGACAAGCAGGGCAAUAUAAUCGGCUCAGCUGAUUACUCUCACCCCACUGGAAUUAGCUCAAUGCUGUGAGUGCUCAACGAAUCCCAUCUAAUUACAUUCUGUCACCAUAACCUCUACAGUGUGCUUAAAUAGUAAAGGUGCUUUGAAGUGUUUUAUUAGCACUUUACAUUCCCCAAAUCUGCCUCUUCUGUGCUGACCUCUGCAAAGACCAGGAAGUGGCUGAGAACUGCUGUUGCCUUGAUGUAAUAACUCCCAGACACCAUGCGCACCACGUGCAGUACUCCCAUUCUAAAGGUUUAUUACUCGAGGUCAGUGGAAGAGAACAUGUUCUAGUCAUCAGAUGGGAUGCAGUUAUAAUCCACAGGAUGCAGACAUCUACUGUCCUGCUCAUUGCUCUGUAAUCCUUGCAAGGAGCACUGACCAGAGUUGACAAACAUGGGGACCACGUUUCUUACAAGCCAUGGGUCAGUGAAUCUUCUGUGAAUUUGUACACCAACACUAACAUGGAUGUACAUCCUAAGCUUUACAGGAAUACUCUUUGAUCUUAAAUGAUCGUAAUCAGUGUUCCAGCUGUGAACAUUGGAAUUUAUGGCUGCAGUUCCUGUCUGGAGGAAUGCUAAGCAUGUGAUACAAAUGCCAGUCCUGUUAGGAGGGGAACCCGGUGUGUGGGAUGGAGUAAGUGGUUCUGCGUAUAUUAGUUAUAUUUAGCUGAGAUCUGAGUUGGUGGAUUUGGUUGUAUGGGUCACAUGGUGCCGGAACAUGAUACAAGUUCAGCAGUUCAAAGAAGGAAGAGAUGAGGUAUGGAAAGGGGGUGAAGAUGCGUUGAGAAAUGAAAAAGGGAGCAAGGGAUGAUGAGGAUGUAGGCGUUGCUGAGGAAAUAGAGAAGUAAAGAAGGAGGUAAUUAAAAUCAGGUGGUAGAGGAGAGGUGAAGGAAGAUGAUGACGAUGAUCCAGGGGGUGGAGGGGAGAGAUGGAGGAAGGGGCCAGGAGGUGGAGGGGAGAUCAAGAGAUGGUGAAUUAAAAAAUGAACAUGAGUAAGGGAUGAUAUAUUAUUACAUGGUUAUUUCAAUCUGUACAAUGAUUGCAGCACAUGGGGUGUAAUAUACACAUACUGUCCCAUGUCUGUCAUGCUGCCAUUCCUGUCCAUCACACUGUGUGACGAGUGACAAAGCACUGCAAGUGUGUAUAUAUAGCUUCUGCCAUGGAGGGGGAGGAUUGAGACCCAGGGUAGACUUAAAGGGACAGACCCACAUUUAUGAUCCAGCUGGGAGCCGGAGUGAACCUACCAUGAUAUGGCAUAUUCCAUCUGAUUCUUGGUGCUGUGAUUUAUUUACUCUUUUUAUACGGUAUAGUACAGCUGUAUUAAAACAAACUCUUCACUGCUUUCCCAGAUUCAAGGAUAGUGUAGGAUCAUGAGUUGUAGUUGUAUAGCAGCUGUGGAUGUGUCUGUUUGCUCUUCCUGGUCUGAGUGUCCCCACCAAGUAUUAACAUUCACACAGCUUUCCAGUAUUGUAGAGCCCUCCUUCUCUUCAGGGUGGUCCUCGGGUCACCAUGCGGCAGUGCCAAUACAGUGGGAAGAAGAGGAGGAAUGGGCAGUGUAAACAUACUCUGCAGAGCAUGCCUUUACAGUCCUUCUAGAUAUUCUCUUGGGAGAAAGUUAGCUUGGCAUCAUUAUGCAUGACCUAAUGGGUUUAGGUAUAUCCUAAAUUUCUCCAAAUAAAACAAGCAGUGAGUAUGGUAACUCUAUAAUAAUUGUGGCCAAUAUCCUAUAUGCUCCUUCUUGUUAUCUCCCUGCUUUGUUGGAAUGGGAGAGAGGGAGGGGGCGACUUCUGCUCAUUCUCGAGCACAAGGAAAAUUCCUGAGAUGUUUGUGAAAUAGGGCACGGAGUGCAGCGGGACCAUCCGUCGAGUGAAGGGGGGACGUCCGGGUCUUUGCAAAUGAGGGGAUGGGGGACCACAGUGAGUAGGGGGGCCAGUGCCCUAGUAGCAAUAACCAAUGUUCAUUAUUGGCAGGCUGUGCUCACUCAAAGCAUUUCUAUAAAGCUUAAUGUACAGAAAAUCGAUAGUCAGCAUUUGGUUCACUCCUUAUUGAAAAUAACGUUGUAUUUAUACCAUAUUAAGGUAAAUUCAAGUAUAUUGGCCGCAUCUGAGCUGCAUUAAAAGAAAGUGUAUUUAUAACCUCAGCUUUGCAAAAAUGAAGCGGGUGAUAAAUAAGAGAUCGGGGUAAAAGAUGAUUUGUGCUUUGUGCAGCGUUCUAUCUGUGUGCGGAUGAAUGAAAUCAGAUCUUUCAUUACAAGCAGUGAGCAGCCGUGCUUCCAGCCCUGCAGGGAGGAUACAGUAUGUGGGAAACCAUUCAUCCCACCCCACCCAACCAACAAUAGGAUUUCCUGCAGCUAAACUGCUUCAUAAGCAGAACACAAACUGGUAUGAACUGCUCAACCUGUCCUAGGAUUUAUCUUUAUCCCAUCAGAGAGGGCAUCACUGACCCUAUAACUUAUAGGAACCCCUGUGUGUGAGACGCUCUCUUAUCCCUCAGAGGGAGCGUCACUGACCCUAUAACUUAUAGGAAUCCCUGUGUGUGAGACUCUCUUAUCCCAUCAGAGGGGGCGUCACUGACCCUAUAACUUAUAGGAAUCCCUGUGUGUGAGACGCUCUCUUAUCCCAUCAGAGGGGACGUUACUGACCCUAUAACUUAUAGGAAUCCCUGUGUGUGAGACGCUCUCUUAUCCCAUCAGAGGGGGCGUCACUGACCCUAUAACUUAUAGGAAUCCCUGUGUGUGAGACGCUCUCUUAUCCCAUCAGAGGGGGAGUCACUGACCCUAUAACUUAUAGGAAUCCCUGUGUGUGAUAUGCUCUCUUAUCCCAUCAGAGGGGGCGUCACUGACCCUAUAACUUAUAGGAAUCCCUGUGUGUGUGUGUGUGAGACGCUCUCUUAUGCCAGCAGAGGGGACGUCAUUGACCCUAUAACUUAUUGCAAUCCGAUUUUAAAGUUUUCUUUAAUGCUUGUUUUGUUUCACAGAGAAGAGCUGUGUGAAGAUGGCUGGUGCAUCAGUGAAAGUUGCUGUCCGUGUCCGACCUUUUAACAGUCGGGAGACCUCGCAUGAUGCUAAAUGUGUGAUCCAGAUGCAGGGGAACUCGACUUGUAAGUAUUGAUUCGCUAAACGAAGGAUUUGAUCAUUUUUUUGUUUACAGUAAAUAUUAACUCUUCGCUCCCUGCUUCUUCCUAUCAGGCUAAUGCCUUUUAAGCAGAUACCGGUGCAUCCAUUAUUAGUCAGUAAUGGAAGAGCGGAACAAUCGCCAUGGGAACACAUGGAAUGUUUUUGAUCCACAAUUUGUUUAUUGCACUAUUGGAAUCUUUUAUCUCUGGGUUUUUCCAUCAAGCAUUGGAUGUAUGGGUACAAUCGUUUCCGCAGUAGCUGUGCAGCAGUGAGGCUGGGGUGUAGGUGCUUCUUUGUGUCAUGUCACUCAAAUAAUUUGAUUUAAACAAAAACAAUAAAACUUUGGGGAGGGAGCAGCACCAAAAUAUUCCUUACACCAUAACUGCUACAUGGUGAUGGUGAUGGUAUUUAUUGUGCCAUUUUAAUUGCAGCCUUUUUUUAUUUUUUUUAUCCGUUGUGUGUAAAAGUUUUCGGUAAAUAAAAGGAGUUGUCUGAAAUUGUCUGACUUAUAUAGUUACAGCAGUCUUACUGUCCUUCCAGAGGUUUCGGAAACUGUGUGUAACUCACUCAUUGUCUCUGUGCUAGCUGGAUUUAUUCUGAGCUUUAAUUACCUGAAACAGGAACAGCAACAUUACAUGUCCCAAUAACUGCUGACAGUCACUGACACGGUACCAGGGGUGAAGACAGUCUAUUAAUUGUGGUAAUGAAUGGACAGGACUCUUUGGAGUGUGUUGCUCCCCAGUGCUGGGUAGCAGUUCUUUACUCCCAUGAAGCUCAGCCGUGCACAGCCCAUUCUAUGUAGUUAAUGUGUCCAGCGGUGGUGCUGGGUGUGAAUGGUGACCCUCUCUUUGUCUGUUUCCAGGUAUCACAAACCCUAAGCAGCCCAAAGAUGCACCCAAAAACUUCACUUUUGACUAUUCCUAUUGGUCCCACACUACGGUGAGUUUAGUGUGCUUUUCCUGGGUUAAUCUGCUCCUUUCCUAUUUUAAGUUGCCCUUCCGGUCUCCCCCUUCCUUAUCCUCUGUCACAUUCCUCUUUCACCUCCCCACUGCUUUGCCUGCAUUGUCCUGUCUCUACAUGUAUUCACAGAGCCAGGCAGCCCACAACAAUAGGAUUCUGGUUUGUGGUGGAUUAAUAUAAGAGCAGGCAUUAGGUUUUCAGAGUGGGGUAUCAUGUCAUGGCCUUCUGGUAGUCCGCCACUAGAGGUGGAGUUAUCCCUGCAAUGCAAUUAUUGCAGUUUUAAGGGGACAGUGGCACUGCACCCAUACUACUUCAGUGAGAUGAAGUGACCUGGGUUCCUAUAGUGUCCCUUUAAAGGACAUAGAGUUUUAUAUGUAAAAAAAAUUUAUAACUCAUCGCCAACUUUAACAUAUUUUCGGAGCCUUUAGCCAUGUAUAUGUGUGUGUAUAUGUAUAUAUUUCUAUCUUUAUAUCUAUCUCUAUCCCUUUCCUUAUGUUAGGACAGGCUGUGCUGUCCUAUAAAUAAAAGGCUGUAAUGCCAUUAGUGUGGCAUAGCUCACCCUAAGAAUCGGCCCCUGCCUCCGGGCCAAAUACAUACCCUCAACGGCAGUUGUGAUCGGAGGUCCUGCCUGACAACCCAGGCAAUCCCCGUACAGGCAGUCCAGGUAGUCAGUCAUAUAAUCACGAUAACACCGUGAACACGUGAAUCAGAUCAGCUGGAUUGCAUGUUUGGCUGCAGGGGACAACACAUAAUGAAUAAAACAAUAUGAUUUAUAUGUUAUAUAAUUUCAUUUUAAGCAUAAAUAUGUGUAUACAUAUAAUUUUUUUUUAUCUCCCCUCAAGCUGACUGUAUUUAUAUAGAAUUAUAUUAUUUUAUUAAUUAUGUAUUGGGGCAUGCCCCAUGAGGCAUAGCUGUACACAAAUAUUCUUAGAAAUAGUCUUAGAACAGUAAAGAAUAUAAUGACGACAACAGACAUAGGUCAAAUUCUAGGUUUUGUUUUGGUUCAGAACUUGUACAAUGGUCUUCGUCCUUAUCCCCUUAAGGACAGAUGACGGUUCAGGACUGUCAUCAGAAACAUCCCCUUGAGGACUGAUGACGGUCCUGAACUGUCAUAACGGUAAUAUUUACUUACCUGAUCACCGCCGGCGAUCGGCGUUGCCCCCGGUCUGGGGGGACUGCAGCCAUGUGAUUGCUCAAACAGAGCGGUCUCAUGGCCGCAAUAGGCGUCUGUGAAUCUGCCUGCAGGGGGACUGCCUGUGUGACAGGCAGUCUCCCUGCAUGCGUAAAAUAAAAAUAAAAAUAAAAAAAAUUGUUAAUAAACAAAAUGUGUGUGUGUGUAUAUAUCAUACAAAGUGUAUUUUUAUAUUCUAAAAAUACACUCAGAAUUAAAGGGAUACUAUAGUCAGCUGAACAACUACAGCUUAAUGAGGUUGUUCAGGUGAGAACUGCUGCUCCCUGCAGCCUUUCUCAUGUAAACACUGCAUUGUCUGAUAAAAAAAAGUGUUUACAUUGAAAGCUAGCAACACCUCCAGUUGCAGUCACUCAGAGUGAACCAGAGGGACUUCGGAGUUGAUGGAGGUGUAAUAUGCCUCCAUCCACCCUGAUCUGCUGUCAGCAGAGCACAGGUCAGCAUUGUGCACAGCAUCCUGUGAUUCUCCUCCCUCUGCAUGCAGACACUGAACUUUCCUCAUAGAGAUUCAUUGAUUCAAUUCAUCUCUAUGAGGAGAUGCUGAUUGGCCAUGGCUGUGUUUGAAUCAUGCUGGCUCUGCCCCUGAUCUGCCUCUUUGUCAGUCUCAGCCAAUCCUAUGGGGAAGCACUGUGAUUGGAUCAGGCUACCACAUGUCAGCAGUCUGAGUCUAGCAGCAUGCAGAUUUCAAGCUUCAGGCUUGAAUACAGUAAGAUUUUUACUAUAUUUAUGGUAUAUAGUGUGUGUGUGUAUAUAUUAUAAAAUAAGUAAAUAAACGUAAAAAUUAUAUAUGAAAUGUUAUUCUAACAGUAUUUUGAUAUUAAUAUAUAUAGAUAUCAAAAUACAUGUAGAAUGUAAUUAUAUACACAUUUAUGUAUAUAUAAAAAAAAAUAUGAAAUAUAUCCAUAUACAAAAUUACUUAAAUAAUUUCAUAAAUAUACACGUAGACUUCAAAUAUAUAAAUCUCUCUCUCUAUAUAUAUAUAUUUUUUUACAUAAGUAAGUUUAUUGUUUGCAAUUUGGGUGACCUGGCUGACAACUCAGGCCGAUAGUCCAGAGAAUUUAAUUUGCUAGCACUUUAUUUAAACCUGUAACGUUCCAGGACGCCAUAAAACCUGUACAUGGGUGGGGGUUUCUGUUUUACUCUGGAGACUUCGCUGAACACAAAUAUCAGUGUAAAAAAAAAAAACGUAAAACAUAUCACAGCGAUGAUAGUGUCAGUGAAAGUGAAGUUUUUUGCAUUUUUCACACACAAACAGCACUUUCACUGAAAUUAUUGCCGUACGUUUUACCCUAAUAUUUGUGUUCGGCGAAGUCUCCUGAGUAUAACAGUACCCCCAUGUUUUAUACUGUUUUUGAAACUUAGAGUCAAAUACAAGGGUCAAAUGUUUUUACAUUGAAAAUUACCAGAUUGUUAUGUUGCCUUUGAGAGCGUAUGGUAGCCCACUAAUGAGAAUUACUCCCAUGAUGGUAUUGGGUUGCAUGUUGAAGUUCGCGAACGGUUUGCGACAUCACUACUCGUGACUUAGUGACUACUUUAAAAAGACUGGACAUACCCCAUAUUGAAUACCCUGGGUUGUCGAAUUUAAAAAAUAUGUACAUGUGAGGUGUGAUUCAGAGAUGUAUGACAGAUAAAAGUGUUACAAUGUCACUAUUGAUACAUCUUAAAAAUAUAUAUUUUGAAACCGCAAUUUCCUAUUUGUACUUAUAGCCCUAUAACUUGCAAUAAAAACAUGUACACACUGGGUGUUUUUAAACUUAGGACAAAAAUUUUAAUCUAUUAACAGUUUUUGUCAUUAGCUUUUGUAGAUAAGUAAAAGAUUUUUCAAGUAAAAGUAGAAAAACAUAUUUUGUUUCCCCCCUAAUUUUUCACAAUAUUUGAUUUAUUAUUAAAUUAUAUGACAUGAUACAAAUAAUGGUAUGUAAAGAAAGCCCUUUUUGUCCAGAAAAAACAAUAUAUAACUUUUAUAACUUGUAUGGGAUCAGUAAACAGAGAGAGAAAAAUUACAGCUAAACACAAACACCACAGAAGUGUUAAAACGGCUCUGUUCCUUAACGUACAUGGCUAAAGGAUCCAAUAAUCCAUUAAAGUUAGGGAUGAGUCUUCUCCUUUUUUUUUUUCUUUCUCAAAUGUAUAUAUAUUUUUACAUCAAAUUACAUCAAAACUUGAAAAUGAAAAAAUAGAUUUGCGGUGACAGUUGUCCUUUUAAUCACUUCCCAGGAGCUCAGCAGUGUUAUAAAAUGUUAAUCUAAAAUAAGUGGACAGUUCAUUUUUUGUUUUUAGUGAGAGCUUAAUGGAAUAUCUGCAAAGACUUCAUUAUAUAAUGAAAUGGGUGAAAUCCCCACUGGAGUGUCUCUUUAAAAUGAAGAUUGCCAUUGAUGUUUAUCAGAAUGAUCAUCAGACAGGAGUUACCGAUGUUAACCCUUUGUUGGGAUCAGAGAGAAGAGGUCUAGUGGGUAAUCAGGAGAGCUGUACGCAGCAUGCUGCUAGUAGCAGGGGUCACAGUUUGAUGAUGUCAUCACAGCUGCUGUACAGCAUGCACAGAAUGACCCUGUUAACCCCUCUGCUACAGCAACUGCAUGACACAUUUUGUCUGCUGGCUGUGUUUGUUUCUUUAUCAUUCUGUAUGAUCUCUCAUCCACCCAAACAGACAGUAAGUUUCCAUGUAAGCGACUCAGCCCUUGCUGGAAAUGUCCACUGUUCGGGUGGUGAAUGCCUGCCGGCCCUCAUUCACUUCCCAGAGUGCAGGACUGGACAGAGUUUCAAGUCACAGCCCCAUCUCCACUCACACAAUGAUAUCCCAGACAUGUCAGGUAUUCACACCGCUCCCAGCUGGAUUCCUUUUCAGUAUUUACAGGGAUUUUUACGGCAGCAAGAAGCCAAUAACAAAAGGUCUGACCACUUCCCCUUCGCCUUAUUGCAAUAUUUAUCCAUUAAAUCAGUGGUUCCCAAACUUUUUAGGUUGAAGGCGCCCUUAAUAUGUCAGUAUUUUUCCAAGGCAUCCAAAGUCAAAAUUUCUAGGUUGUAUAUCUGUACAGCGCUGCAGCAUUUACUGGCGCUAUAUGGUAAUGUACAGUGUUGGUGUUUGAAGGGGUGCUUGUAUAGUUAUUAUGUUUUAAUACAGGGGUGUGUUUGAUUGCAGGGGUGUGUCUGAAUGUAAUGUUCACUUUUAAAUGUGGAUGUACAUUUGUGUGAAGUAGUUGUGUUUGAGUGAAGGGGUGUGUUUUGUAUAUUUUAUUCUUGUUUGAAUGCAGGGGUGUGUAUAUAAUAUUUGAGUUAGAUUGCAGGAGUGUGCUUGUAUGUUGUGCUGGUGUUUGACUGCUUGUGUGUAUGCACAUACAUACACACAGAUAUUCAUGCACAUUGACACACAGAUGCAUAUAGAUAGACACAUACACACAUCCUGACACACACACUGACACAGAUGCAUGCACCCUGACGCACACACACAGAUGUGUGCGCAGAUACAGAAGCACACAUAUAUAUAUAUAUAUAUUCUCUCUAUAAUAUGCGCAUACUCAUACAAGUGAUUUAAAAAACAAACUCUCCAGCCACCCUCCUUUCAGCUUACCUUAUGUGCCAGGAGGGCUUCCUGAGUCCCCCUCUUCAGCAGUAAUCUUUCCACCUGUGUGCAUGUCGCCUCGCCCCAGGGUGCCGAGGCACACAGGUUGGAAACCUAUGCAUUAAAUGGUAAACCAGAAUUAUGAUGGCUCAAAUGUCAUGCUAUAUUUCACAAUUAAAUGUUAAAUUAGCAUUGUGAUAGUCCGACGUACCGAAGAGCUACUCCCCCCCCCUCCAAUUUGUCUACCUACACUGCAUGCGCACUGUGUAAGCACUGGACUAAAAAAAUAGAAAAAGAAUAUCUGUGCCACGGAAGGAGGAGAGGCACUAGCUAGAACAAAAGCUGGACAGGUAUAAUGCGAGGAUGAGAAGUUACAGAAAGAAGGGGCUGCAACAUAUCAAUAAAGUACUCUAGAAUUCACUUGGUUUGUGGAUGAAGGGGGCCAGCAACAUGGGGAAAGAAAAGAGUAAAUACAACAUUCACUGACGUUUCUUGCGCACACACACACAUGCAUUCAAUUACUUUUCUCACACUCACACACUGACCUUUCACUCUCGCGCACUCACUGACCUCUUGUACACACACAGACCGACACACAUUCACUGAGCUUUCAUCAGACAUUAUGAUUUGUCCCUUUGAUUUAGCAUUGUGAAGUGUACUCUGUAUUCUGUUUACCAAUACAUAUGUUAACUUGUUUCUUUUUUAUUGCCUCAGGAAGAGGAUUCUAACUUUGCUUCACAGAGACAGGUGUAUAAGGAUAUUGGAGAAGAGAUGCUCCUGCAUGCUUUCGAGGGCUACAAUGUCUGUAUUUUUGCCUACGGCCAGACUGGGGCUGGCAAAUCGUACACCAUGAUGGGGAAACCAGAACCUGAUCAGCAUGGGAUCAUCCCACAGGUACAGCAGGAAUGUGGGUGCAGUAUCUGAUCCAAACUUAGGGCUAGUGAUUUAGAUCAUCCCACAGGUACAGCAGGAAUGUGGGUGCAGUAUCUGAUCCAAACUUAGGGCUAGUGAUUUAGAUCAUCCCACAGGUACAGCAGGAAUGGGGGUGCAGUAUCUAAUCCAAACGUAGGGCUAGUGAUUUAGAUCAUCCCACAGGUACAGCAGGAAUGGGGGUGCAGUAUCUAAUCCAAAUUUAGGGCUAGUGAUUUAGAUCAUCCCACAGGUACAGCAGGAAUGGGGGUGCAGUAUCUGAUCCAAACUUAGGGCUAGUGAUUUAGAUCAUCCCACAGGUACAGCAGGAAUGGGGGUGCAGUAUCUAAUCCAAACUUGGGGCUAGUGAUUUAGAUCAUCCCACAGGUACAGCAGGAAUGGGGGUGCAGUAUCUGAUCCAAACUUAGGGCUAGUGAUUUAGAUCAUCCCACAGGUACAGCAGGAAUGGGGGUGCAGUAUCUAAUCCAAACUUAGGGCUAGUGAUUUAGAUCAUCCCACUGGUACAGCAGGAAUGGGGUGCAGUAUCUGAUCCAAACGUAGGGCUAGUGAUUUAGAUCAUCCCACAGGUACAGCAUGAAUGGGGGUGCAGUAUCUAAUCCAAACUUAGGGCUAGUGAUUGAGAUCAUCACACAGGUACAGCAUGAAUGGGGGUGCAGUAUCUGACUGAUCCAAAGAUAAAUGAGCUGGUGAUCUGGGCCAUCUUGACACAGGUGAAUCCACCUAGGAUGUUUCCUUUGAGCAGAAUGUGGUGUAUUAGAUCAGAUGUGUGGGUCAAGGAAGACUGUAGUGAACAGGUGGAACCUGUCCGUAACAAGCCCAUAAAGUCCUGGCUGAUGCUGUUUUUCUUGCAGUUAUGUGAAGAUUUAUUUGCCCGGGUGUGCAGUAAUCAGAGCCCAGACCUGUCGUUCUCAGUAGAGGUAAGAAAUCGUGGCCCCCAGCAUGUCAGGAUCUCGCUGACCCUCCAUCCCCCUGUGAUUUUACAUGUCUGUCCUCUAAAUUUAGGUGAGCUACAUGGAGAUUUAUUGUGAGCGAGUUCGGGAUCUCCUGAGUCCAAAAAGCAAAGGAAACCUGCGAGUUCGGGAACACCCCAUUAUGGGGCCAUAUGUCGAGGAUUUAUCCAAGCUUGCAGUGACCUCGUUCCACGAUAUCGCUGACCUCAUGGACUGCGGUAACAAGGCCAGGUAACUCUUAACUCAAUCCCCUCCGUUUUGGGUAUUCCCCAUUGGUAAUGCAUGGAUAAUAUGGGUUGGAGACCAAUGGGACGUUUCUUUCUCUGGACACCAGGAAGUAACUGGGAUUUCUCAGCCCGUAAUGACUUCCCAUUGUUGUAAGUUCAAACACUCUCUACAUAUCGUAUAGUCUGCUGAAAGGUUUGUGGGAUAUGUAGUCCAGGAUUUGCUAGUGGGUUUAUUAAAAAAAAAAUAAUAAACAACCUAAUUGAACUGCAGUUUCUUUUUGCAAAACCAUUUCAUUCACUUGUUUAGUUGAAACUGUUUAUAUUUGCACAGCUGCAGCUGAGACUCUGUUCUAGAAAGCGGAGUGAUCUCUUACAGAUUUCUACAACAAUACCUACAGCAGGACAAUAGGCUCUGUGACCUCACUCGGUAAUGGAGCUUGGCUUAUAGAAGGCCCUGUGAUUGCACCACAGAAGUUAUGCUGCCUUUCCAGAAAAUCCAAAGAUAGUAGCCUUCUUUCUUUUUAACCCAAACCCUUAACCUCUCCCACUGUACUGGAAUCCACUUUCCAUUAACCCAAUGACCUAUGUUCUGGAAAUCUGUUUAAAUUCUGGUACUUGAUCCACUAUGUCAGUUCUGUUCUCUUGGUCAUGCGUAAGAGUACAGCAUGGAUGUCUGUGGAGGAGCCUGCGAGACCGAAUUUAAAUGUCUACAUUUUCAUUGUUCUUUCCAUGCAAUCUGUAUGACAGUGGUGGGUGGAGAACCCAGCUCUCUCCUGCACUGUCCAGGCAGAAGAAAAUUGAAAUGUAUAAUGUGGAAGUGUUAAUUAUUUAUCUGUGCGGCGGCCGUGUUGAGGUCAAUCUAUGGGUGCUAUGGAGGGCUCAGUGAACAUGUGUUGGAUGCCAUCCUUUCUAAUACAGAAUGCUCAUCGUAACUACAGAAAGUCACGUUUACUUUGUAAAGCCAUCAGUACUGUGUGAAGGCAGGCUUAAAACAGAUUCAUGGUCUGAUGACAGGUGCCUUUUAAAGAGCUAAUUCGCUCUUAUUAAUUCCUUAAUAGGACAGUCGCAGCCACCAACAUGAAUGAGACCAGCAGCCGAUCCCACGCUGUGUUCACCAUUGUCUUCACGCAGAAGAGACAUGACGAAAUGACCAAUCUAGACACGGAGAAGGUGAGUGUGCACAGGCUGCACUGCAACCGCAUAACAUUAUGUAUAGAAUAUAUGUACGGUAACUGCUUAACCGCAUUAAUCAGUGGUUCCUAUGCCAUUUUAUUGUAUCUUCAUUGGAGGGAAUAGAUUAAUCAUAUCCAUUUCAGCCUUAGGCCACUGAUAUUAAACAUGAAACUUAUCAUACAAAAGUAGGGUUACAUAGACGAUUGACAGGGAAGGUUAAGGGAACUAGACUGACAAUCAGGGAGUGGAGGGCAGAGACCCCAUUAACAAAUUAAUACAAAGAGAUUUCUUCACUAAACAGUGUAUUGAAACCCAAACAAGCUGUGACUAGAGCAGAUUUUUCCAAAUCUGUGUUGCAGGUCAGUAAAAUAAGCCUGGUGGAUUUAGCUGGGAGUGAAAGAGCUGACUCUUCAGGAGCUAAAGGGACGAGGCUUAAGGUAAGUGAUGGUGCCUGGUUCUGACUGUGCUCGGCAACACACUGAGCUCCCAAAUUUAUUCCAAACUUUGCCUUUCUCCCCCAGGAAGGUGCCAACAUUAACAAGUCCCUCACCACCCUGGGCAAGGUGAUUUCUGCUCUGGCUGACAUGGUGAGUAUCAGUUAAAUCAGUGCUGUGAGUGGCUGUAUACCUGUGGAGUGCGCAGGCAACUAAUAGGGAAAUGUGGUGAGCUGUGAUUUGGGGGCGGUAUAUACCUGCAUCGGUCAAGGUGGGAGUGAGCCAGAUUAAAUGACACAAGAUUUAGAAAGCUACAGAAGAUAAUGUGGUGGGGGAAUUGUGUGUAUCUGUGUGUUGUACAUUUAGUGUGUGUGUGUGUAUAUGUGCUUUGUAUUAGUGCAGUGUAUGUAUGUUGUGUGUUGUACAGUUACUAUAUGUAUGUUGUGUAUUUGUGCAUGUUGUCUUAUUAUUAUUAUUGCCAUUUAUAUAGCGGCAGCAGAUUCCGUAGCGCUUUACAAUAUUAUGAGAGGGGGAAUUUAACUAUAAAUGGGACAAUUAGAAGAAAACUUACAGGAACGAUAGGUUGAAGAGGACCCUGCUCAAACGAGCUUACAGUCUAUAGGAGGUGGGGUAUAAACACAUUAGGACAGGAAAUAUCAAUCAAAUAAGGUGGGAGUGAAGCAGAGCUGGAGGAGAGAGCAAGAGACAGGUGUGUAAGGUAGAGGUUACUCUGGGAGUCCAUAAGCUUUCCUAAAGAAAUGGGUUUUAAGGCACUUCUUAAAUGACUGAAGACGGGAUAAGAGUCUGAUGGCGGUAAGCAGGCUGUUCCAUAUGAAGGGAGCCGCCUGCGAGAAGUUCUGCCUGCAUGAGUUGGCCGCCUGAGAGCAGCGGUCAGGAGGUGGUCACGGGCAGAGCAGAGGGAACGAGGAGGGGCAUACCUAUGGAUCUGUAAAGAGAUAUUAGAGGGGCUAGAAUUGUUCGGUGCUUUAUAGGUAUGGCUUAGCACUUUGAAUUGACUCCUGUAGGAAACAGCCUUUCAGAGGGGUGAGGUAUGAGAGAACCGGCUAGAGAGGAAAAUCAGUCUGGCGGCGGCAUUCAUUAGACUGAGGCGGGGCGAUAUGGCUUUUGGGAAGACCCAUUAGGAGAGGGUUACAAUAAUCCAUGUGGGAAAUUACUAGAGCAUGGACAAGCUCAUUGGUAGCAUCUUGUGUAAGAAAGGGGCGGAUACGGGCUAUGUUUUUAAGUUGGAAUCUACAGGAUUUGGCAACAUACUGCAUGUGAGGCUCAAAGGUGAGGCCAGAGUCAAGUAUGACGCCAAGACAGCGCACUUGCAAGGAUGGACUGAUAUCACUGACUUGAAGGGAGAGCGAGAGAGAAGGAUCAGUAUUAGGAGGAGGAAAGACAAGGAGCUCAGUUUUAGAGAGAUUGAGUUUCAGAAAGAGGGAAGACCGUUCUAUGUAUUUAAAUGAUGUCCAGGUACCAUGUAUGGGUAUAAACAAUAAUAAAAGGCUGCGCCAAUAAGAGAGUAAAAAUAGAGUGACUAAGAAAAAAUGUCCAACGUAAUAGAUAAAAAUAAAAAAUAAAAGUUCAACUUAAGUGUCCUUGCGGAUAGUCUUUAUAGUAAGUGUUGCAGCAGUGAAGUCUUCAUAAGCUGUAUAGGUUCCACUCAUAUAAAAGACAAAAGGGGAGAGAGAAGGACGACCAGUAGUGCAGUAUUGUAUAAUUCCAAAAGUGACGUAUGGAAAGAUAAUAUUAACAACUCACAUUUAAUAGAGCUUAUGUCCAGCUCUAGGAUAGAAGCGCAUACAGCGGUAUAAUCCCCGCUUGUGGGAUAUGCUGUGGGUUUCUCUCCGUCAGUGGUGUCCAAUUCUCAAACAAGGAAAAAGAGAGACAACCGAUAGUGCUCACUAUUUAAGUAGUCUUAAUAUAAGUAGAUGAAAACGUACUUACAAAUGAGGAGCAGACCAACUGCUCUUGUGUAUCAGCAUAGGUGGAUUGAUCCCCACCUUUAGGAUUUCUUGGAGUGCAGGAGACUUCCGAAGUCAGUGUUGGUAUAUAGUAGUAAAAUGCUAAAAAUAUACUAAAAUAUACUAAAAAGCCAGGUAUAAAAAGAGUAAUGUGUAUAUAAAACUAUAAAAAAGAAUAGUUGGCACAAAUAAAUUACCAAAAAUUGCUUUAAUAUUACAAUACACAGUAUAAAAUAUCCAUAACGCGUUUCGUCAACAGACUUUAUCAAAUGGAAUAGCAAACAUUACCUGGCUAGUUGUAUUAUAUAGGAGUUUAAAUUUGGCGCCACAAAUAGUCCAUCCAAUCAAAAUUAAGUUACAUUUGGUAGUAUAAAAACUUUAAAAUACAGCAAUAAAACCAAAGUAUAGGGUCUAAGAACACUCAUAAUUGACUUUGAUGACCAAAACGAAGGUUUUAAAAGCAUAAAUUAAAUGAUUAAAAAUGCGCACGUGACGCGCGGCACUUCCGGUUUUUGGACUAUAUGCCGCUAUGCUUUAUGGGAGAUGUAGUUGGUAAGCCGCGAAUGGCGGCUAGGAGUGUAAUAUAGGUGCUGCCAAAUAUUGGGGGACAUAGAAGCAAAAGCCCACAAAGAGGGCAAAAACUAAAAUACAUUAGACACUCUGCUAGUAGAAAUGAAAGUAUUAAAAUCAUAAAUUCAGCAAAUGAAAUAAAGCACGUGACUUACGGCACUUCCGGUAUUCGGACAAAAUGCCGCUAUGCUUAGUGGGAAAUGUAGUCGGCUGAAGAUAAGCUCGAUCAAAUUAAAGGGACAUGAAAACAAAAGUUCCCAAAAAGGGAGCUCUAUAUAAAAAAGAGAUGGCAAAAUUAAAAGGGACAUAUAAUUGGUGGGGCCAUAUAAUAAAGGGGCACAUGUAUAUGAAAUAUAAAUAAAAUAAAUUAAGAAAUAAUAAAACAAUUUUGCAAAUGCAGAAAAUCAUAAAUAAAAAAUACAGUUUGAGCAAGGUAAAAGGCAUUGGUGUAAAACAGACAUGUAAAAUACUUUUGUCUUACAAAAAAUUAUAUAGGUCAAAGUCUGCAUUAAGGCCAUGGGGUAUAAGGGUCUUAAGGUUAUACACCCAUUCCAUUUCUAUUUUCCCAAGUAGUUUUUUUAUGUCUCCUCCUCGCCAAGGGGUAGAACAUUUUUUUAUACCAAUACAUUUUAGAAGUUUAGGAUCUUUGUUAUGCAUAAUAAAAUGUUUGGAUACUGUAUGAUUUAAGUAUCCAUUUUUGAUAUUUCUGCAAUGUUCGCUCAAUCUUGUUUUUAAGCACCUUGUGGUCAUCCCCACAUAUUGGAGACCACAUGGGCAUUCGAGCAGAUAAAUAACAUUUUUAGUAUUGCAGCCGAUAAAAUCAUAAAUAUAAUACAUUUUUUUAGUCUUAUUGGACAUAAACUGAGUAAUUUUAGAUGGGGUAGAUGGAUCUGUGGUUCUACACACUAUGCAUUGUUUGCAUUUAUAAAAGCCUUUUGUUUGUGGGAAGAAAGAGAAACCCCUAACUGGCGAUUCUCGAGUAAAAUUGGUGGUUAAAAUGGAUUUAAAAUUUGGUGCCCCUCUAAACACGAUAUUUGGUUGGUUGGGUAAAAUUGAGUUUAAAAUAUCGUCUUCUUUAAGUAUAUGCCAAUGUUUUUUUAUAAUUUUUUUGACAUUAUUACUUUUGCUAUUGAAGUUAAAAAUAAUAGGAAGAGAUAUUGAUUCAUCCUUUUCUUUAUUCUUAUAAGUCAGAAGAUCUUUUCGUUCUUUUUGUUUAACUGUAUUAGCCUUGGCUUGAGAGUGCUCCAAAGAGCCAGUUCCUACGUCUUCGUAGGAACUGUUCAGAAAUAACAGAUUUUAAUGAACAAGCUAAUAUCCUUAAAAAAUAAAUUUAUGGAAAAAAGAUAUUUAGAAUCAGAGCUCAAUAACACAAUUAAUACAGUUAAACAAAAAGAACGAAAAGAUCUUCUGACUUAUAAGAAUAAAGAAAAGGAUGAAUCAAUAUCUCUUCCUAUUAUUUUUAACUUCAAUAGCAAAAGUAAUAAUGUCAAAAAAAUUAUAAAAAAACAUUGGCAUAUACUUAAAGAAGACGAUAUUUUAAACUCAAUUUUACCCAACCAACCAAAUAUCGUGUUUAGAGGGGCACCAAAUUUUAAAUCCAUUUUAACCACCAAUUUUACUCGAGAAUCGCCAGUUAGGGGUUUCUCUUUCUUCCCACAAACAAAAGGCUUUUAUAAAUGCAAACAAUGCAUAGUGUGUAGAACCACAGAUCCAUCUACCCCAUCUAAAAUUACUCAGUUUAUGUCCAAUAAGACUUAAAAAAUGUAUAAUAUUUAUGAUUUUAUCGGCUGCAAUACUAAAAAUGUUAUUUAUCUGCUCGAAUGCCCAUGUGGUCUCCAAUAUGUGGGGAUGACCACAAGGUGCUUAAAAACAAGAUUGAGCGAACAUUGCAGAAAUAUCAAAAAUGGAUACUUAAAUCAUACAGUAUCCAAACAUUUUAUUAUGCAUAACAAAGAUCCUAAACCUCUAAAAUGUAUUGGUAUAAAAAAAUGUUCUACCCCCUGGCGAGGAGGAGACAUAAAAAAACUACUUGGGAAAAUAGAAAUGGAAUGGGUGUAUAACCUUAAGACCCUUAUACCCCAUGGCCUUAAUGCAGACUUUGACCUAUAUAAUUUUUUGUAACACAAAAGUAUUUUACAUGUCUGUUUUACACCAAUGCCUUUUACCUUGCUCAAACUGUAUUUUUUAUUUAUGAUUUUCUGCAUUUACAAAAUUGUUUUAUUAUUUCUUAAUUUAUUUUAUUUAUAUUUCAUAUACAUGUGCCCCUUUAGUAUAUGGCCCCACCAAUUAUAUGUCCCUUUUAAUUUUGCCAUCUCUUUCUUAUAUAGAGCUCCCUUUUUGGGAACUUUUGUUUUCAUGUCCCUUUAAUUUGAUCGAGCUUAUCUUCAGCCGACUACAUUUCCCACUAAGCAUAGCGGCAUUUUGUCCGAAUACCGGAAGUGCCGUAAGUCACGUGCUUUAUUUAUGCUUUUAAUACUUUCAUUUCUACUAGCAGAGUGUCUAAUGUAUUUUAGUUUUUGCCCUCUUUGUGGGCUUUUGCUUCUAUGUCCCCCAAUAUUUGGCAGCACCUAUAUUACACUCCUAGCCGCCAUUCGCGGCUUACCAACUACAUCUCCCAUAAAGCAUAGCGGCAUAUAGUCCGAAAACCGGAAGUGCCGCGCGUCACGUGCGCAUUUUUAAUCAUUUAAUUUAUGCUUUUAAAACCUUCGUUUUGGUCAUCAAAGUCAAUUAUGAGUGUUCUUAGACCCUAUACUUUGGUUUUAUUGCUGUAUUUUAAAGUUUUUAUACUACCAAAUGUAACUUAAUUUUGAUUGGAUGGACCAUUUUUGGCGCCAAAUUUAAACUCCUAUAUAAUACAACUAGCCAGGUAAUGUUUGCUAUUCCAUUUGAUAAAGUCUGUUGACGAAACGCGUUAUGGAUAUUUUAUACUGUGUAUUGUAAUAUUAAAGCAAUUUUUGGUAAUUUAUUUGUGCCAACUAUUCUUUUUUAUAGUUUUAUAUACACAUUACUCUUUUUAUACCUGGCUUUUUAGUAUAUUUUAGUAUAUUUUUAGCAUUUUACUACUAUAUACCAACACUGACUUCGGAAGUCUCCUGCACUCCAAGAAAUCCUAAAGGUGGGGAUCAAUCCACCUAUGCUGAUACACAAGAGCAGUUGGUCUGCUCCUCAUUUGUAAGUACGUUUUCAUCUACUUAUAUUAAGACUACUUAAAUAGUGAGCACUAUCGGUUGUCUCUCUUUUUCCUUGUUUGAGAAUUGGACACCACUGACGGAGAGAAACCCACAGCAUAUCCCACAAGCGGGGAUUAUACCGCUGUAUGCGCUUCUAUCCUAGAGCUGGACAUAAGCUCUAUUAAAUGUGAGUUGUUUAAUAUUAUCUUUCCAUACGUCACUUUUGGAAUUAUACAAUACUGCACUACUGGUCGUCCUUCUCUCUCCCCUUUUGUCUUUUAUAUGAGUGGAACCUAUACAGCUUAUGAAGACUUCACUGCUGCAACACUUACUAUAAAGACUAUCCGCAAGGACACUUAAGUUGAACUUUUAUUUUUUUUUUUAUCUAUUACGUUGGACAUUUUUUCUUAGUCACUCUAUUUUUACUCUCUUAUUGGCGCAGCCUUUUAUUAUUGUUUUUACUGUCUUGUUUUAAAAGGGCUUGGAGGGUUUCCCUUUUUAAGGUUGCUGCCUGUUUAUUAAUUAGCGCUGUCUCUCCUUUCCAUAUACUCCUUACCAUGUAUGGGUAUGUCUGCUAUAUCUGGCCCUUCGGCCUUGAGAAUGAAGCUGUAAGAGCCCACACCGUAUCACAAAAGAAGAAAUGUCACCAUCUCGACAUAAUCCCUCAGUCUGUAAAAACGCAUUGUUAGGCCAGGAACUAGCCAUGAACGGGUUAAAUCUAAUGAAGACUAUCAUGUGAACAUUAUUAAUCUUUGUGGACAGGAUCCAUUUGUGAAUAAUGAAUGUUAAAAUGGAAUGUAAAAACAAGUCUUAUGUUUCGGAGAUCUGAAAAACUGCUUACAAAUGCAAACCUCUAUAUAAACGUAGUCAUUGAAAUAAACACAGUGACUGGCAUAUCUCCCCUGUGACAUUCAGCUUGUCUUGUAUCUCUUUCUCUAAUGCUGCACAGGGCGCUGGUCAUUGAAUGGUAAGUUUCUUGCUGCUGGCGCCUUUUGAUGAGGUCAUCUGACGGCGCUAUUACAUUUAGAGCCAGGAAUAAGAUUGUCUCAAUCUCUGUUCAUUCUUCCAGCAAAGUAAGAAGAGAAGAUCUGAUUUCAUCCCUUAUCGCGACUCUGCCCUGACUUGGCUCCUCAAGGAGAAUUUAGGUGGGUCCAGGUGGGAGCGACACCUUGCUAUCUGUCCACGUAUCAAUACAUCUGAUAACGGUAUCCAGAGCUGUGUACAGGACAUUGUCCUUUUCCUAUUCUCUAGGUAGAAAUGGGUGAAGUGUGUUUACCAUACUUUAAUGGAUAGGCUCCCUUUGUAUUCUGCUAAUGUUUAAUGGAAUGCAGAGCAGCUAACCUAUAAUACAGUGCAAUAUUAAUCUUUAUUAUUAAUGAAUUAUAGAUAAACCUCACUCACAGUAUAGUGGAUAAAAUUCUAUGCACAGGUGAUUAUCCAGGCUUAAAUAUAGUGAGCCCUCAAGGGUCUUGUAUUAUAAGACGAUGAAAGAUUCAGAAAGCUUCAAAUGUGUAAGCCCUCUAGCAAGGAUCUUCAUAAAGAGGACUGAAACCUUGGCAGCUGGUGAUUUUUUUAUUUUAUUUUUUGAUAGAUAUAUAUAUAUAUAUUCCCCAUAUGUGUUUGAUGUUCUGAGUUUACUACAUAUAUUUGUUUCCCUGGAGACGCAACACCUGCAUGGACUGUCCUGCUUAUUGAUGGUAGUUCAAAGAACAUGACUGGUCUUCAUCACUCACAAAGAAAACUGAUGUAACUGUAACUUGUGGUUGUUCUCCCGUUAACUGGCGAUAAGCUUGCUAUGCAAUGCACACAUUCUGAUCUUGUCGUUUUUCUGUCAUAGGUGGGAACUCCCGCACAGCCAUGAUUGCUGCUCUAAGCCCGGCAGAUAUUAACUACGAAGAGACGCUCAGCACGCUCAGGUACUGGUCUACAGAAGCGCCAUUUUAUAUCUUCCCAAAAGGCUUUGCAUGCUGGUUACAUGUGAGGUGUAACCAUACCCCCUGGGCAUUUGAUGGAUUUUGGCCUCCUACUCAUGCUGUUCUUCUUUAAAUUCAAAUCUAAUAAAUUUGGUUAAAAAAAAAAAAAUUAAAACAUUUUGCAGCUUUCUGUACCUUUAGCCAAGCUCCCUCUUUUCCCAAAGCAGCUUCCUUAUUAGCUGUAUUCUGAACUGCUAUCAAUCCACCACACUGACUAAUAAUAUCCACGUAUUAUCUUUAGAUGUGGUGGCAGAGGCAAGUUAGCAACUCGGCUCACUCUGGUCUAUAAUUGGCUGAGCUGUGUAUUGUCAUGCUGGACGCUCUUACUACCGCCAUGUUCCCAUGCAGCUGUUCAGAGUCCUGGGGGUGCUGCAGGAGUCUCCCUUUUUGUUGGCAGCCUUCGCAUUCAGUGCAAUUACUGACCACUGCACAGAUGAGCCAUUCUAUGGCUAUGCCUCCCAUUAAGAGGCGAUCAUGCUUGUGAUGUCUCACGCAUUCGCAAAUAGCGAAUCACAGACCUCUUAGGACUAUUUAAAUUAAUGUUGCAGUUAUUUGAUGCCCUGUUGUGAUUUCCCAUUGUGGUUUAUCCAAGAGUGCGUUUCCAUUGAUUUCUCUGUGUAUUUGACCUAUGACUUGUCUCACCGUUUACCUUCUCUCUGUACUGCUGACCUCCCCUUGUCCUGUUAGUUCUGGUUUUUAAGUUCCGGUGAUAUGUUGAGGGUUUACUAUUCUUUAUUUUGGUUCUGCGUGUUGGGUUAUAGACAAUCCUGAGAAGCAUGUGCUCAGGGAGGAAAAACACAGCAUGAGUAGGAGGACAAAUCCUAUUAAAUGCACCAAAGGAACUGUUUAGGCACCAAAACAGGUUUAAGUGAAAUAAAGUUAUGGGGCCAGGAACAAAGUCUGUGCUCCAGUGCUGGGUCUGCAGCCCCGUUUGCCAGAUAAUGCUUUAAGCCAAGUUAGGCAACCUUCGGCACUCCAGGUGUUGCGAACUACAUCUUCCGUGAUGCUUUGCCAACAUUAUGGCUGUAAGAGAAUUAUGGGAGAUGUGGUCCAAAACAUCUGGAGUGCAGAAGGUAAGACAAUAGCUUCCCAUUCACAAAUACUGCUUGGAAAAAAAAUAGGCCAUGCUUCAUUACAUAAUUUAAUUUUAUAUUGUUCUCCCAGUGGUGAGGUUUAUCCAUUAAAGAGCAAGUUUGUCUAGUGCUCUACAAUACACAACAUUCAGAUUCAGGCUUAAUGUUUGUAAUUCGGUUUACAAUUCACUACAGUUUGAGGUUUGGUGAAUAAUCUGAAUGGCUGGAAACUCAGCUGGGAGUUUUCUAAAUGCCCAAUUUGGAAGUGUUUGGUGAAUAUGUAGAUGUACUAUGUAAACCUGUGUCAUCUCUGCAGUUUAAAUUCAAUACGUGGAACCUCCUCCUAGAACAGCAGUGAUUAGAACUCUGUGACACGUUUAGAAGGUCCUUACAGGUUACUGGGAGAAGUCUAAUGCAUUAUAAAUUACAUGAUUCGCCAUUACCAGCAGCCAAUAUUCUAAAAUGAAGGAAAGCAAAGAAACAAAUGGGUAUUGCUUAUAAAGAACUAUAAUUUGUGUAUUUUUUACUGCUCUCUCCAGGUACGCGGAUCGUGCGAAGCAGAUAAAAUGUAAUGCCAUCAUAAAUGAAGAUCCGAACGCCCGGCUUAUUCGGGAGCUGAAGGAAGAGGUGGCCAGGCUGAGGCAACUGCUGUACAGUCAAGGAUUAGCAGGUGAUUGACUAAUAUUUCCAUUAUCCCCAGCAGUAGUUUAAUCUGAGUUGGAUCAAAACAGUGUUUCUCGAUUAGUUUGUAAUUCCUGUAACAGACAAAAGAUCCCAUUAAUCUCAGCCAGCCAAGUGGUGUAGCUUUGCUCCCUGUUCAUAUAACUGGUUAUUCCUCCCUUUGCAGAUAUUGCUUUCGAUGACACUGCAGCUGUUCCUCAUUCCUUGCCACAGCCCCCUGCGCCCCUCUCCCCUCCCUCCUUGCCAGGACCCAUGCCACCAUCCCCUUCUCCAGCUAUGAAUGGCCAGUCCGAGCCCUUCUCAGAAGUGGAAGAUGGGGCUGACAUCUGCACAGAGGAGGCAAUGGAGAGGCUGCAGGAGACAGAGAAGAUCAUUGCUGAGCUGAAUGAGACCUGGGAAGAUAAACUACGGAAGACGGAAGCAAUCCGGAUGGAGAGGUAAUGACAGGCUGACUGCAUGGGACCACACAUGUUAGGUUGAUGAGACACAGGGUAACUAUACAAGGCUUUUCUACUCUUGCAGUGGCCAGUAACUUUUAUGACCUGGCGAGUAGCACAGCUUUUAGUCUUGGAAGUACAUUAAAAGUGAUUGAUGGAGGGCUGCAAGAGACCAGUUGCCAGUGUUGAAAUGCAGUAUGACUAAUAUAGUGCUGUUCAAGUUACAGGGUGAUAUGAGACACCCUGUCAGUAAUGGUGUGCAUGGUAUGAGGUACCCUGCAAGAGACUGGAUGCUUGGUGUGAGGUACCCUGCAAAAGACUGGAUGCUUGGUGUGAGGUACCCUGCAAGAGACUGGGGAGCGUGGUGUGAGGUACCCUGCGAGAGACGGGGCGCAUGGUGUGAGGUACCCUGCGAGAGACGGGGCGCAUGGUGUGAGGUACCCUGCGAGAGAUUGGGCACGUGGUGUGAGGUACCCUGCGAGAGAUUGGGCGCGUGGUGUGAGGUACCCUGCGAGAGAUGGGGCGCGUGGUGUGAGGUACCCUGCGAGAGAUGGGGCGCAUGGUGUGAGGUACCCUGCGAGAGAUGGGGAGUGUGGUGUGAGGUACCUCGCGAGAGAUGGGGCGCGUGGUGUAAGGUGUAACGGAUCGCCUGGCACCCCGACUGGGUACCUCCGUUGAAGGAGGCUCCUAGCGCUUACAGAAGGCUCCAAGCGCUCCAGCAGACACCAUAACCACCGCAGACCCCACGAACCGCCGCAGCUUGGUUGGGGUCUCCUUCAGAGGGCGAAGCAGGAACAAGCUCUUACAAGAGCUUGGAAGUGAUUAUCCAAGGGAGCAUGCAGAGUAUAGCAAUUCCCCCAAUAAGAGACAGGACUCUAGAUUGCGGGUGAAGAAUAACUGAGGUUUAAUGACACACACUCUGCUUUUAUGCAGUGCUCCCCUGCAAGGGAGACGCCCACAGACAAUUAGACGUUAACCAAUCAGACAACGGUUACAACCCACAGAUUCCCUCCCCUCUGCUUGGGAGAUAAUUGAGUUUCUUACUGUAUCUACUCAAUUAUCUCCAAGCUAAAACUUAUACUUUUUAGGCAUUUUUAUAACUUUAUGAUUUUUCAUCCUACAGGAAUAAAACUUUUGUAUUUUUAUGAACAACACAACUUGUGGACAAACAUAUUCAAAAUUCGUACGAAUCCGUUCAGGGGUUCCAGAGAUAUUGAAAAGUCUCUUUGGACCGGCCGCACGCCUGUUUGCAUGCCCAAAACAGUUCCACAGAUUCAGACUGUGCGGUCGGUCUAUUUCUGCCUUGAAAAAUAACAGAGUCACAUCCGAAGGCGGUGUUCGAAUAUUCGAACGCACUUCGAUUUCUGUCGAAGUCAAACGGGGUAAACUUCCUCGAUGGUUGUUAGGUGAGUGGUAGUCGAUUUCACAUGAAAAGAUGACAAAGUCCCAAUCGAAUGUGUGUUCGAAUAUUCGAAUGGGACUUAGUCGCAGUGUCAAAGGGUAGGGGACGGUGCAGGUCAGCGGUGUUCGUGCAAAUGUGUGACCGAUUUCCGUUCCAGAGAUUUGACGGCACACACCACUGACCUUGUUCGGCUGUAUUAAAAUGGCCGCCACCACGUGUUCGACUGUCUAAUGGCGGCCACUUCGACUACUUCGGCACCUCAGCUGUAUCCGAAGUGCCCUAUCAAAUGUACCCAUUCUCUGCACAACACAGUUAAAGGGCCAGAAACCGUUUUUAUCCUUACGUGUGGGGCAAUGUGGAUGAUGGCAGGAAGGUAAAAAGGUAGAGGUUCCCAGGCAACAGGGUAGGACGCUGGUACACAUAUAUUAUAGAUCCACGGAAAAGGGGGGGAUCUGUUACAUAAGGUACCCUGUGGCGCGUGGUGUGAGGUACCCUGCGAGGGACGGGGUGCAUUAUAAUGUACCCUGCAAAUACUGGGGUGCAUGAUGUGGGUGUGACGGAGCUUGCUGCGGUCACGAUUCAACUGGUCCAGGACUGAGGCUAACUCCCCCUAAAAGAGCAUAAUCGCUCUCCCUGGCCUUUUCCCCUGUUCCAUCCACCCCUCAUGCAGCAAAGCACACUAUUUUCUAUCCCUGGGAAUGUUUUCUACAGCCCGGGGCAAUCACAACUCCUUCUGCGGGAUCAGGAGCUAGUCUAGAACUAAAUCAGACUCAUAUGAAUCGGCUGACCAGUACAGCUUACACCGCUCAGUUCCCCAGGGAGUGGAGAAGGGGAAGAUGAGAACCAAUCUAAGCACACCAAGAACCUGGUGGAGCCCUCUUCUCCGGAGUCAGCAGAAUUCCUUAUUGGGGACCGGUCCAUAGUCAGCUCCAGCCUGGAACUCUGCACCGGAUUAGAAUAUAGUCGUGGCCAGGUUAAACUAUACUCGAUGAUUACUCCAGCUUGGUCCAUCCUAUCCAGGUGCUUUUUGGACUUUUUGCUUAUGGGAAUUAUCUGUCCAGGGAUGUUUAAUUUGUCGAUAUACUGUUGGAGAAAGUUACGUUUUGGGGUUACUGUUGUUGACGCUCGGUUGUCUGAAAGUUAAUAAAAUCAUUCCCAGUUAAUUGAGUUAUUCCCCGCUCACACACACACACAGCGGCGCCAGGGAUUUGGAGUCUGUUGUCACUGUUAAUGACCCUUUGCUGUGAAUUUCCCUAUAAAUAUGUGCUUGUAAAGUGGUUUUACCCUUCACAAAGUGUGGUCUGGUGUUUAGGGGGAAACAAGCUAUGGUCACUUCAGAGCUUUCUUUUCCAGCGGGAGGGAACUUUCACGGUGUUACUCAGUUGCAGUAGUGCAGCUCUGUCACAGUGGGGUAACCUGCAAGAGAUUGGGUGCAUGAUGUGGGGUUCUCGCCUGCAAGUGACAGGGUGUGUGGUGCAAAUUACAUUUAACUAUUUGUGUAGAAUGCACAGCAAGUAUCUGGUCCUGAGUGAGGGAAUGUGAAUGUAUAAUAAACAAUUUGACCGAUUUUUCAUUACAUUUCUCUCUAGAGAAUCUUUGCUGGCAGAAAUGGGUGUAGCUGUAAGAGAAGAUGGAGGAACAGUUGGGGUCUUCUCCCCCAAAAAGGUAAUCUAUCUAGUGACUGUUCCAGAAAAGAUCACCCAUUUUACAAGGAAGCCACAACUUGCAGAACUACUUAAUUAUGGAAAGGUCAUGGCACGUGCCACCUUCAUGCUUAUUCAAUACUCCUGGGAAGCCAGGCUGUGCAAAAACACUCCUUGUCCAAAAAUACUGCCCUAUACAGGAUCCUUGCUUCCUUUGCAGCCCAGUUGAUGAGGAUGGCUGUCAUGGUAUCUGUGUUCUUCUGGCAUGGUGUGCCAGUGUGUGAAUAUAAAGACUACUGCAUGCAGUGCCUGGUUAAUCUUCAUUGUUUGCAUUUUUCCAGAUCCCUCAUCUGGUAAAUCUUAACGAAGAUCCUCUCAUGUCAGAGUGUUUGCUGUAUCAUAUAAAGGAGGGAAUCACACGGUAACAAGCCCUUUACCCCUUUACUUUAUUAUCUAACCCUUCACUGUCUCUGAGUUUAGCCCAGUGUCCCUUAUCUUGCACCUUCCAUUACCUCUUGCCUCUUCAUUCCCAAUGAAUGCCUGACCCCUCUCCCUUUCUGUUUGCCAGGGUCGGUCAGGUCGAUGUUGACAUUAAACUAAGUGGCCAAUUUAUCAUGGAACAACACUGUUUAUUUCACUGCAAAACCAAUACCGACGGAGAAGGUAUUAAUGGCAAUAUGACAUCCACUGAGACAGCCCAGCUGGUUUUAGGUUUUUUAAUAAUUGUCUUCUCUAAUUUUUCCAACAGUAAUUGUCAUUUUGGAGCCUUGUGAAGGAGCGGAGACAUAUGUGAAUGGGAAGCAAGUAACACAGACCUUGGUUUUAAAAUCAGGUGAUACAAACUGAGCUGGACAUAAUCACCAGUCAAAAAUGGACUAUAUAUCAGUAAAGACUAAACAUUUAUACUUUAAAGCAUAUGCAGCUUCCUCUGGCAGAACCUAGCGUCCUAUAGAUAGUACAUGGAUCAAUAGAAGGAUUAGGGAGCGCAGCAGUGAUGGUGUGUGUGUGUAUAUAUGAUAAGCUCAGGUAAGAGUAUAGAAAAUGAAACAAAUUUGUAUUGAGAAGAAUAAGCACCUGAUACAUUUUGGGAACUAACCCUACUGCUUCACCUAGAAAGGAGAGCUGCCAAUAGUGGCGGAUGUCAGAUCCACUAAAACCCAAAUCAGACCAGCCACGCACAGGAGGGCCACUGUUUUUCUUUUUUCUAGUUCAGCAUUGAACACAUCAGACUGUCUUUGAAUUCUGUAAAAUCAUAUAGUAUAGAGAAUUCAGCUUUAGAUCUGUGCCUGUUGAUGUCAUUAAUAAGCAAACCUAAUAAUUUAAAAAUGAAAAACCAGUGUGGACCAGAUGGAAUACCAGCAAUUGCUAAACCUGUCACUACCCUUAUCAAUGAAUCCCUGGUGUCAGGAUACAUACCCAAACUUUGGAAGACUGCAAAAGUUGUACCUAUCCAUAAAAGUGGUGACAAUACUUUGGUAUCUGACUAUCGCCGAUAUCAUUGCUCCCGGUAUUGUCAAAAUGCGUCCACACGCAACUAUGUGAAUAUUAUAAACAAUCAAACUAUGUGAAUGAAUGAAAGCCAAAAUCCCAGUGACCUCCCCUAGGAGGGGGUUAGUGGGAAAGCGCACAGACUAAUAGACUAGUAGCCAAACAAAACCUAACAUUUAUUAAUAGAAAAAUAAUUAGCUACUAGAUUCACAGAGGGACACUUGUUAAAGGUGUAAAAUGUGUCUAAAAGCCGGGUAAGUGAUUAUCCUCUUGUGAACAGGCAGUUACACGGGUAAAAUAAGGACAAAACCAACUCCUAUCAUAUAAGCCAGGAUAGGGAGUAGAGAAACAAAAAUCUUCAAGGGUCAACAGAAAGAGGGAUCCUGAAAUAGGAGACAACCUCUAUCAAAAUCCCCCUCAGUGAAGCUACAGAGGGGAGUCACUUCUAUAGAGAAAAAUCUAAACUAUCUGACCUCUGAUCAAUAAGGCUUUUGUCCAAAUCAUCAACUUUGACUGCCCUCUUAAAGGUUUGCAAGGACAUCCCAAUUGGCAUGGUACAAGGAGACCUAACUGGAGUUAUUUUUCUUGAUUUUGCCAAGGCCUUUGACAUAGAAGACCAUAGCAUUCUUUUGCAAAAACUUAACUCUGGUACUGGUGAUCGUCCGCUAACCUGGUUUCGAUCGUACAUUUCAGACCGAUUGCAAUAUGUGGCCACUUCCCUCCCUCUUCCAGUCACGUGUGGUGUUUCCCAAGGUUCCAUACUCUGCCCCCUUCUAUUCACAUUAUAAAUGAUCUGCCCAACGUCUGCAAAUCCUCAACUGUACACAUGUAUGCAGACGACACUGUAAUCUACGCUAGUAAACCCAAGCUACCGCAGCCAUUAUCAAAGACCAGUUCACAGAGAUAGAAAAGUGGAUAGCGGCAAUCCACCUUCAUAAACGUAAUACGCUAUAUAAUUUGUUCUGCUGCUUUGUGCUACAAUGUAAUUACAUGACCCACCAAUGUGACAUUUUAAUCCCGGAAUCCCUACGCACUCUUCAUCUUUCCAGCCUUAUGCAUAAGAGCUUUUCUGGAAAGCUCCCACCCUACCGGAGUAGAAUGCUCUCCCCAGCUGUUCCGACCUCCUGUAACCUCCGAUCUAGUACUUGCAUGAUAUUUAGCAUACCGCAAUACAAAAAUAAAGUGUCUCGAUCCUCAUUUUCCUACAGAGCACUGCAAUUAUGGAAAAACCUCAGUCAAAUCUUCAUUUAAUCUAAAAUCUUUUAAGAGAUCUCUGGCAAUAUAUCUCAAUACAGAAUGCACCUGUCAUAGUUUGCUAUAUUUAUUACCGGUUAUGUGUUAAAUUUAUAUAUGUGUAUGUAUGUGUAUUAGGGAUGCACCGAAACCAAAAAUUCAGGAUGCCCAUUGCCAAAAACCUAAAAUGACUUUUUUCCCAAAAUGAUUUUAAAAUAGUUUUUUUCUAUAAUUGUAUUUAUAUUAGACUUUUUAAUGAAUCUAAUAUGAAAAACUACAAGCCAAUUAAACAAAUAACCACACUUUUAUUGAAAGUAACAUACCAAGAUUGGACAGAAAGUAAUAUCAAAAUCUACAUUUAGUUAAGCAGGGUGAAUUCAUCUACACAGCAGUGAGAACAGUUUAUGACAGAGUCGAUUUUCAGUAUCAGCUGUGUUGCCAAGUGAAACACAUGCAAAAAAAAAAAAAAAAGUAUUCACUAGCCACUAGACUAGUGCUACCGUGUAUUUGGAAUUGAAGACAUUCCAAAGUACACAUUUGAAACCAAAAUAGUAGCAUACAAGUGUAUACUGACAUUUUUAGGAAUUUAUGUAGGUGGCAGAAUUGGCAAUAGCUUUAAACUUAUUGGUGGGUCUGUGUAUAUGUCAAGGAACUCAAAUUAACCCCAAACCCGAGGAGAGCCAUCACACCCCUGGACAGAGGAGGGGAACCAGGGACUGACCCAGGAGCUGGCACUCCUUUCCUAUCCGGAUAUUACAGCCCUGUGUAGAUUGUGUCCUGUAGCUAUCUGGGCACUCCCUGUAACGUGUUCAGGGAAACCGCAGUCAGGUGCAUCCCGUGUGUGUGUGUAUGUAUAUGUGUGUGUGUGUGUGUGUAUAUAUAUAUAUAUAUAUAUAAUUAGUUUGUAUAUUGUAUUUUUUUUUAUUUUUGUAAUAUUGUAUCCUAAUGUAACAAUGCAAUGAUUUGUGAACCCAAGAAAUACUUGAAAACAAGAUAAAUCUCAAUGUAUCUUUCCUGGUAAAAUAUUUUAUAAAUAAUUCCUACUUGUUGUCUGUGGGUCUGUUAACCUGCCAUGGGACUCUCUUGGUACAGCAUCGCCAGGUACCUGGUUGGGAUCUCCCUUCGGGUUUGCUCCCUGUGGUGGUACUCUGUAGGGUAUAGUUCCUUAAAUUAGUUGUUCUUCGUCUCCAUGAUGAUUUGUUUUAUUAGCAUGGUUUUCAUAUACUCUUAUCUAUGCUUAACAAAGCUUUCUGUGAUGUAUUAUAUCACUGUUGCGUUCGCUGUUCCUCAUGUUAUAUGUCCAAACUGAGCUGGAGCAGCAGAUCAGUAAUUUGUGUGACAACAUCUCACCUUUGCUAAUCAUGUUGCUUCCAAAAACCUAAUUUAAGGCAGAUCACGCUUUGGGGGGUAAAACUUUGGGUUAGAUGCAAAACCACCAAACGGUUACAUUUAUUGUUGUAUACAGAGCUUGUAUUAAUCAGUAACAGCCAGUGGUGGCGUUUUGUGUCUUCUACAUACAGGUAAUCGAAUUGUUAUGGGUAAAAACCACGUAUUUCGGUUCAAUCACCCCGAACAAGCGCGUCUGGAGCGAGAGAGAAGCAGUAUCGCAGUUGAGAAUCAAGCAGAGACAGUUGACUGGAAUUUCGCUCAGCGUGAAUUGCUGGAGAAGCAGGGAAUAGACAUCAAACUGGAGAUGGAGAAACGGUGAGAAUAUUUUAAUAAUGCCUGUUAGUUAGUCUGGCCUCCAUUUGUGUUAUAGCACUUAACGUCCUGCUACACUUAAUUCAUUAUUCAGGAACCUGACCACUAGCAAAUAAACAGAAUUACUCUAAUCUGAAAUAAUCCACAGCUUUAGUGUUGGUGUCAAAUUAUGGUUAAUUUAAAUGUGGAUUUAGCUCUCACUGCAAUAUGAAAACUGGACUCAGAGGUGGUUUGAAGUAGGGUGUUUGUGUGUAUGUAUCACAGUAUGAAAUCUAAUGCUCAGAAUGUGUAUAAGGCUAACACAGUAAAGAAAUCGAAGAAUGCUCAGGAUGUGUAUAAGGCUAACACAGUAAAGAAAUCGAAGAAUGCUCAGGAUGUGUGUAAGGCUAACUCAGUAAAGGAAUUGAAGAAAGCUCAGGAUGUGUAGAAGGCUAACACAGUAAAGGAAUUGAAGAAUGCUCAGGAUGUGUAGAAGGCUAACUCAGUAAAGGAAUUGAAGAAUGCUGUGGAUGUGUAUAAGGCUAACACAGUAAAGGAAUUUAAAAAUGUUUAGGAUGUGUAUAAGGCUAACACAGUAAAAGAAUUGAAGUAUGCUCGGGAUGUGUAUAAGGCUAACUCGGUAAAGGAAUUGAAGAAUGCUCACGAUGUGUGUAACGGAUCACCUGUACUUCGACCAAAUACCUUCUGUUGAUGGACGCUUCCUAGCUUGCACCGCACCGCACCGGACACCCCAACCACCGCUGAUUCCACAACCAUCGUAGCUUAACUGGAGUCUUGCCGUCUUCCUUCCACCCUGGAUCAGCUUCUGUUCUCCAGGACCGUGUGGAAAAGACCUCUCCUCCAGGAUAGCGUAUCAGGAACAGCUCUUAAAAGAGCCAAGUGAUUAAAGCUCAGGGGAGUAUACCCCCUGGUAUAGCAAUCCCCAGUGUGAAUAUAGCAGUUCCCCUCCAAUUACGAGACAAGACUACGUGUUAAGGGUCAAACAGGAACAGAAUGCACUGAGGCUUUAUUGCUUCUUUAUACACAUUUCCCCACAAGGUUACCACCCACGUGGACCUUGUUGGGUACUGAAACCACAAACGUAACAACCAAUCAUAUACAGGCGCACAGUUAAACACUCCCAUUCAUUACAGUAAACUCCUCCCCCUCUGCUUGGGAGAUAAUUGGGCUAAUUACUGUAUCAGCUCAAUUAUCUCCAAGCGAAAAAACAUACUUUUUACACACUUUCUAUAACUUUAAAAUUAUACAUCACAUUCGCAUAAAACUUACAUUUUUAGAAACAACAUAAUUAAGGUAACAGCAUAUCCAAAAUUCAUGCGAAUCCGUUCAGCCGUUCGGGAGUUAGCUGGAAGUCUCCUUUGACCGCACGCACAUUUUCCUGCCCUAAACAGUUCCACAGAUUUGGGCUCUGCAGCCGGUCUAUUCAUCACAGUUCGAAUGCAUGAACGGCAGCUGUUCGUGCAAAUAGGUAAUGUUAAUGUGGCGUUCGAAGUGUCGAAAUCACAGAGAAAUAAAACUUCAGCAGUGUUCGUGCCGUCGAGUAUCUGAUUUUAGUUCCAUGAACUCGACGGCAAAACACCGCUGACAGAGUUCGGCUAAAUUAAAAUGGCCGCCGCCAUGUGUUCGUUUGUCUAAUGGCGGCUACUUCGGCACUUUGCCAUAGCAAAGGUACAGAUCUUUUCCUAGAGCAUUUAAAGGGCCAGAAACAGUCUAAUAAAAGUCCAUAAGCCCAAAUAACGUUUUUAAAGGGCAAUACAUCCCAGGGGCCAUAGUCACAAGGCAAGAGGCUGGCAAGCAGGCCUCUCCAAAAAACAAGUGGCGAAUGGCACUUCGUUACGAUGAGUAUAAGGCUAACUCAGUAAAGGAAUUGAAGAAGGCUCAGGAUGUGUAUAAGGCUAACUCAGUAAAGGAAUUGAAGAAUGCCCGGGAUGUGUAUAAGGCUAACGCAAUAAAUACAUUGAAGAAUGCUGGGGAUGUGUAUAAGGCUAACACAGCAAAGGAAUUGAAGAAUGCCCAGGAUGUGUGUGACGGUAGUCACCAUCACCUGGACCUUCAGACAGACUAUGUAGGUUGCUGAACUUUUCUUAUGUUUUAGUCACCCUGAACCUAUUAUAGGUGCAGGGUGUGGGUAAUGUAAUUGUUUAUAGUGUGUGUGUGUGUGUAUACUGUUAAAGGUUUUUUUUGCCUGCUCUGCUGUGCUGCUGAGGAUUACUACCAACUAGGUGGAUUUGGCUAUGGAGCCUCUGUUGGUAGCAACAGCAAAAUACACUACCUGAAUAGCUAGACUGGUUAAUUUACAUAUUGCUAAUUCUGCAGACAGAGAUAUUUUCUGUUGUCUUCCCCACCCAUUUAUAAUUUGUAUUUUUUUUUUAUAAGUUGCUGUAUGUUGCCUGCUAUGAUUUGACGGUUUGUAUUUAUAUUCAGUUGUCACAGCAAUCUUUUGUUAUAAUCAUAUGGGCUAGCCCCUCGAAAAAUAAAGUUUUGGAUGUCAGUUCUUUUUGGAACUUGUGUCCCGUGUGGAUUUGUUGGGAUCCCAGUGACAGAAUCUUUGGACCUGUUUGCUGGUUCAUGGAUCACUCUAGCCCUCGGAUAAAGCAAGAGAGCUAGGCCUGAGAGCCGUAAGUGUCUUUUUAAAGACGGAUGUGGACACCUGCCUGGAAGCAGGAUUGCAGUGUAUGAGGCAGAGGGGACGAUACCUGUCUGGAAGGAGAGCUGCAGCCUGGUCCGGUGGAAAAGAUCCAGAAGGACCCCUGUCAAGCUUCGGCGACUGGUGCGGAAGUGUUCCAGGGUCCCUGCAAGAGGCUAGGAAGCGGACUGGGUGGAGGUACUCGGUCGGUGUACAGGAGUUCCGUCAAAAUGUGUAUGACUAACACAGUAAAGUUAUUGAAGAAUGCUCAGGAUGUGUAAAAGGCUAACACAGUAAAGGAAUUGAAGAAUGCUCGGGAUGUGUCAAAGGUUAACACUGUAAAGGAUUUGAAGAAUGCUUAGGAUGUGUAUAAGGCUAACACAGUAAAGGAAUUAAAGAAUGCUCAGGUGAUGCUGGGGAAGGCAUAAGCGCAAUAAAGAUGUAAUUCUCAUUUAUUUUUUUUCAGAGCAGACUGUAUUUCAUACAUAGUCUUGAUUUCUUUCAACUAUACCGUUACACAUUAUUUUCUGUGAUGAGAAAAUUCCCCUGGCUUUAAAAAAAAUGCAUGAUUAAAUAAAGGUAAUAUUGUUACCUUUUAAUAUGAAGUGUAUCACUUGUGCCUGUGGUCCUCUUGUCCUGGAAAGUUUUCUUCCAUUUGAAUAAUUAUACACCUUUUCUCCUGUUUUAGGCUGCAGGAUUUGGAGUGCCAGUAUAAGAGAGAAAAGGAAGAAGCUGAUCUGACACUGGAACAGCAGAGAUUGGUACGUGAUCUCCAUGAAUAGUUCAUUCGUUAUCAUUAUUUACCUGCUGCCACCCCAGUCUGACAAUAACCGCGCUUCUCUAUACCAAGUCCCCAGCCUGUCGGUCUGACAAUAACCGGGCUUCUCUAUACCAAGUCCCCAGCCCGUCAGUCUGACAAUAACCGUGCUGGCUUCUCUAUACCAAGUCCCCGGCCCAUCAAUCUGACAAUAACUGGGCUUCUCUAUACCAAGUCCCCGGCCCGUCAGUCUGACAAUAACCGGCUGGCUUCUCUAUACCAAGUCCCCGGCUCAUCAGUCUGACAAUAACCGGGCUGGCUUCUCUAUACCAAGUCCCCAGCCCGUCAGUCUGACAAUAACCGGGCUUCUCUAUACCAAGUCCCUGGCCCGUCAGUCUGACAAUAAUAACCAGGCUGGCUUCUCUAUACGAAGUCCCAGGCCCGCCAGUCUGGCACACUGAAUGGCAAGCGUAGUCUGUGAGCACUGCCGGCUGUUUAUUAAGGAGGUAUCUGUUUGGACAUGCUAAGCAACGUGAUCAAUACAGCUACACCGUCGCCCUGUUCAAUAUUUCACUGUUUAGGAUGAUCUAAACCAGCUUUCCUGGUUUCCCAGGGAUGGUCCCCAGCAGCACUGACCAUGCUAAAUUAGUAAAUCACUUUAUCAAGGUCAGAUUUGUUCAACCUGAUUUACAGUGAUGGGGCAGCUUAGCGAAACUAAUUGCUAAACCUAUGCUAAAGCUGAACUGGAGAUUUUGUUUCCCACACUUGAGUUUUAUAUAAUAGCCCUUAGUUGUAUGUGUGUCUUUUAUUGGCCCAUCAGAACGUCCUCUGACCCCCAACCUGGAGAAAUAUAGGUACUUCACAGAGUGUGUAUUAUAUUUUGUGUAGGUUUAUGUUACAGGGUUGUAUUUUAUUGUUUUCACUGUUACACUGAUCUGUUCUCUCAUUUCUUUACCGAGCAGUAUGGUGACUCGGACAGUGGAGAUGAUUCAGACAAGCGUUCUUGUGAAGAGAGCUGGCGGCUGAUAACUUCACUCAGAGAUAAAGUGCCUGCAGGUCGGGUGCAGAGCAUCGUCCGUCGCUGUGGUCUACCAAGCAGUGGCAAAAGACGGGAACCUAUCAAAGUCUACCAGAUUCCUCAAAGGCGUAGAUUAGGGAAAGACCCAAGGUGGUUGACACUAGCAGACUUGAAGAUGCAAGCAGUGAAGGAGAUUUGUUAUGAAGUAGCCCUCAAUGACUUUAAACACAACAGGCAAGAGAUUGAGGCCAUGUCUGUCAUCAAGAUGAAGGAGCUGUGCCGCACCUACGGAAAGUGGGAUGGCAAUGAGAAGGAAUGGUGUCAAGCAGUUGCUCGGGAUGUUUGGGACACAGUGGGAGUAGGAGAAGAUGAUGGAGGGGGCAAAGGUAGUGGUGGAGUUCAAGAUCUGAAGGCACACAUAGAUAAGCUGACAGAUAUUCUGCAGGAGGUAAAACUGCAAAACAAUAUGAAGGAUGAAGAGAUACGAGCACUGAGAGACAGGAUGGUGAAGAUGGAACGAGUGAUGCCAAUUACACAGGUAAGGCGCAUUUAGUAAAGGAUUUAUCACACGUCAUUAACAAAAAAAAGAAAAUACCAAUAGUCCUAUUUCACUGGGUCACUGGGUAACUUGCUUAGCAGUGUCUGUUUUGGAACAUUUUUGAGUACUGCUGGGCUCUGGAAGUACUUUCUGGUAAUGUACUGGACCAGGGGAACCAAAACUAAUUUACGAAGUCAUAAAUUUGACUCUUCAAAGCAUCUCAUUGAUGGGAAUAACCUAUGAGAUAACCAUUAUAACCACAAUAACAUAAUGUCAUGUUAAAAAUUAUGGUGAAAUUGAAAGGGGAAAAAAAAAAGUGCCAGUGAGUGAAAGGUAAAGAAAGCUCAUGGCGUGAGGGGAAGGUAAAGAGCGCCAUAGUGCUGCAAACAAAUGCAAAGAAAACGGUGCUAUAUGAAGGAAGAUUAAAAAAAAACAAAAGCCAUUGUGCUCUGCGUGAGGGAUGGUAAAGAAAGCACAUAGCACUUGGUUGGAGGGGAAGGUAAAGAAAGCCCAUAGCGCUCUGCGUUAGGGAUAGUAAAGAAAGCCACAGUGUAGUGUGGGGGGAGUUAAUGAAAGCUUUAGCACUGCAUAGUCCUGGUGAGGAAUGGAAUAGUUUUCUCAUUUGCUUUGUAUUUUAAUCCCGUUUUUUUUUUUUUUUAAUUCUUCAGGAAGAAUGGACAGAAGAUUAUCCUGAUGACCAGUCCUUCCAAUGGUAUUCCAAUGAUGAUACGGACUCUUUGGAUGGUGGUAGGAAUGAAAGCUCCCCUGAGCGUUCACCCAAAGAGCAUCGUGUGUCUCAGCUGAUGGAGGAAGAUGCAACUUUCCGUCGAGGGAGAAUGCGUUGGAUAAAGCAGGAACAGACCCGAAUACAGAAUCUUCAGCAACAACAAAUAACACGCUGUCUCAGACGACCCCCAGGCACUGGCAAGUUUAUCCCCCCAUUGGAGUGCAAGCUACGCUUUCCAUUUAAAAGCAACCCACAACACCGCUUCUCUUGGGCACCAGGUACCACAUAUGUGGUAGAGGAUGUGAACUGUGGCUGGCCAGAGGAACGGAAGGGUGUGGGGGAGGAGGAAAUUGAGAGGAGGAAUGGACGUCAUCAGAAACGGCAAAAUGAAACUGACCAUUCUAGGCAACGAAGGAAUUCGUUAGAUGGGGGCUCUAACAGAGGAAGACGACCACCACAUCGGCAGAAUCGGCAAAAUGAUGAACGUCAGAUAGGAAAGGGAGGUCAAGGUAGGGAAAAUGAAAAUGGAGGCCAGCACACACGUCACCCAUCCUCUCCACAAGAACGGCCAUACAAAUACCACCCAUACACAGCACCCCCCAGGAUGCGCAGACAGAAUUCGGCCCCUGAUUUACGGGAUAGGGAGACACCAGUGUGAAGUGAUGUGGAUAUAAAGUAUGUAGCAAAUGUAAAGAGGAAGUGAAAAAGAAAGUAAUGGAGAUUCGGAGGAGGGAAACCUCUACUAAAUAGGUAAUGGAAGUAAGAGAAGAUGCAAAGUGCAGAGCGAUGGAUUUUAUUUUUUGUUUUGUGUUACUCACUGAAGUAAAACUUGGGAAAGUGAUAUUAUGCGAUGUCAUUGUUAUUUUUAUGUUAAUAAUAAGAUGUUCUUUUUCUUAUUAUUUGAGUGGGUUGCUUUGGGGGUGGGUGGGUUGGAAUUGUUUUUGUUUAUUUUGAACUCUAACUUUCUAUGGGCAGAGGAGGCAUCUUGUCGAUCUGCCUUAAAUAGCUGCUAAUGGAGGUGGGGGAUAUUCAAACACUACAUCAAACCACUGACCUGUUUCAUUUUAGUGGCAUCCACGGUAAUUGUGUGGCUCUGUCCCUGCUAAGUGUCUCUAUGUGAAAUACCAGUGAACUUUAAAAACACUGAAUUGUUUUUGAAUUUUUUUUUUUUUUUAUGAGCUUCGGUAAGGGCUUUUUAAUCUUAUACAAAGACAAGAUGCUCAAAAUGAUCGUAAGCUUUGGGGACUGUACCAUUUCCUGUUUAGCUGAAUGACAGUAUGGAGUGGUAUUGGCAUCAUGCAAAAAUAUUCCCGAUGUGAUAUUUUACGUCGUUUUUAUGCUCCUUAAAUUCUUCUGAUCCUAUUAUUGAUAUCCUGAUACGAUUUUAGAAUAAGAAGGGAUUCUUCCCUGACUCAUCAAGAGAGGGGCUGAAAGUUCACCAACCCCACAAACUAAUACCGGGUUAAAGCAAUGGCUUUUCUGUAUAAAUUGCGACCUUAGCUGUAACAAUCACCUUAAAAAUGAACUCAAAGUGAUAUUUAGAGUUUACAGCAAUCUAAAUAUUGGAGCUCUUAUGAGAUUGAUCACACUCUCUAUUCUCUUUCCCCGUUACCCCUUUUACUGUUUUGUAAUGCAUUGGGCACCCCCUCUGGGACACAAACCUGACAAAGAGGAAUGCUCCUGUGUGCCAUUCUGUAACACUAUGUAAGGAAUAUAUAUAUCUAAUUUGAAGUGUGUAUAUAUGUAUCUGUGUGUAUGUAUAUAGGAAUAUAUGUAUAAACACACGUGUAUAACUGUAUGUCAAGACAAGCGCACACCUGUGUACACUGAUGUGUAUUCAAUGCAUGUAUGUAGAUGUAGAGAUACAUAUGUGUAGGAUAUACACAGCCUUUGCCUCUCUGAUUUUAGCGUGAGAUUAUUGCACUGUCACAAGCAGUCUGUAUUUUGGGAACUGAUCACCUGAAAUGAUGAUCUGGUCAGCACUGGGGCACACUGUAUUUUUGGAUGUUUAGAUGUGGAGAUUUUGUAGCCAUAAAGCUUUUUUCUGCCUUCACUUUUGCCUCUGAUAUUCUGCUCACCAGCUGCACUGUGUAUCCGAAGCCUUAAUUUUCCACUAGAACCUCACCCUAAUAUUAUUUCAGAGACCCUGCUGGAAUGCCUUCUGCCAAAUUAUGCCUUAUUCAAUAAAUCUGCCAAAAUCGCUUCUGUUUUUUGUUGAUUAGUUUCCUCCUUCGUCUCACUAAAUGUCUGAGAUAUGUUUUCAAACCGCUAAGGGAAUGCCUCCGUGUCUUCAAAGAGCAAUACCUUGUCCUGCUCCGUGUUAUGGAACUCUGUUAAAGAUUGGGCAGCAACAGAAGGACCGUAUAGAUCCAGUCUGUGUGUAACGUACUGUACACCAAAUGAGGGGAAUGGACUUUGCUAUACAGCUUGAUAUAUUUCUAAGCACACACAGUAUUAUGAUGAAACCAACAUAUGUAUUUUUAAUAGAUAAACCACCUGAACCGCCAUGUUUGGGUUUGGAUCUUUUUUGAUCUGCUUAUUGCUUUGAGUUUGAUUUACUAAAUCCUCUGUGGAGCUGAUGGAGUGGGGUAUGUACUGUCAGUUUAUUUGGUCGAAGCUGAGAAUUGUUGCAAAGAAAAUGGAUGGCGUGAGUCUAUAUAUAACAUGCAGCAGGAUAAGAAUCUAUAGCCAAUGUGCUCUUAUUGGCCCAUUAAUUCUUAUUUCCUUUUCAUUAGUUUCAAUAAAUUACCACUGACUGUAACCUGUGAUCUGUGUGAUGGAAAUUAAUUAAAAAAAAA